GGCACACGCACACACACAUUCACACACAGCCACUCACAGAGUAAACAGGUAAGGAUGCCUUGUGCCAGCUCUCGUCUCAGUCAGAUGGUGAGGAGCCCAUACGGCUACAGCUACACGGCUGAUGAAAUCUACAGGGUCAAGCAGAUCCUUUCAGAGUUCAGACUGACUAAAGAAGAGCUCAAAGAAGUCAUGAAGAGGAUGCAGCAGCAAAUGGACAGGGGACUGCGUUUGGAGACGCAUGAAGAGGCCAGUGUCAAAAUGCUCCCGACGUACGUGUGCUCCACCCCCGAGGGUUCAGAGGUUGGUAAUUUCCUGGCACUGGACCUGGGAGGAACAAACUUCCGUGUCAUGCUGGUCAUCGUGGGUGAGGAUGAGGAGAGGGGAUGGAAGGUGGAGACCAAGAACCAAAUGUAUUCCAUCCCUGAAGACGCCAUGACCGGGACGGCAGAAAUGCUGUUUGACUAUAUAGCCGAAUGUAUGUCCGACUUCCUGGACAAACACCACAUCAAGCACAAAAAGCUUCCUCUGGGUUUCACUUUCUCCUUUCCAGUACGACACGAGGACAUCGACAAGGGAAUCCUGCUCAACUGGACCAAAGGCUUCAAGGCCUCCGGAGCAGAAGGGAACAAUGUUGUGGGUUUGCUCCGAGAUGCAAUCAAGAGACGAGGAGACUUUGAGAUGGACGUGGUGGCCAUGGUGAACGACACAGUCGCCACCAUGAUUUCGUGCUAUUAUGAAGACCGCAGCUGUGAGGUCGGGAUGAUUGUUGGUACUGGCUGUAACGCGUGUUACAUGGAGGAGAUGAGGACGGUGGAGCUGGUGGAAGGAGAGGAAGGACGUAUGUGCGUGAACACAGAGUGGGGGGCCUUUGGAGACAAGGGGGAGCUGGAGGACUUCAGGUUGGAGUACGACAGAGUGGUGGACGAGACCUCGAUUAACCCUGGACAUCAGCUGUACGAGAAGCUGAUCAGCGGUAAGUACAUGGGUGAGCUGGUCAGACUUGUCCUGAUAAAACUGGUGAAUGAAGAGCUGCUGUUCAACGGUGAAGCGUCAGAGUUGCUGAAGACACGGGGCAGCUUCGAGACACGUUACGUCUCACAGGUGGAGAGUGACACUGGUGACAGAAAACAAAUCUACAACAUCCUCUCCUCACUCGGCGUUUUGCCCUCAGAGCUGGACUGCGAUGUUGUGCGUCUGGUGUGUGAGAGCGUUUCCACUCGCUCUGCUCACAUGUGCAGCGCAGGGCUCGCUGGUGUGAUCAACCGAAUGAGGGAGCGGCGCUGCCAGGAACUCCUGAAGAUCACAGUGGGAGUUGAUGGUUCUGUCUACAAGCUGCACCCAUGCUUCCGUGACCGGUUCCACAAAAUGGUCUGGGACCUGACGCCUCACUGUGAGAUCACCUUCAUCCAGUCUGAGGAGGGGAGUGGACGUGGAGCUGCUCUUAUCUCAGCAGUGGCCUGUAAGAUGGCUUCAUGACAGACUAAAAAGCAGCUGUACAUUGAGCUGUUUCCCUGCAGGACAGUGGUGAAGUUGGUGUGAACCUGAGAACCUGAGAACACUGGUGACAUGUACUGUAGUCCACAGACAGCAGCUGUGACUCUUACCCAUGUCAGAGAAUUGGUCAUCAGUGAACUGGACACUCAUGGUUUAAACUUGUUUAUUGUGAUACCUAAAUGAUUAGGUGGCCCCUAGUGUGUAAGAGUCUGUUGAUGUUCAGGUGUAGACCGAUCCAUCUCAAACCUGACUGAUGUGGUAUUGAAGAUAAUACAUUAUAAUACCAGUGAACCUGGUCCAUGCUUGUAAAUACUCGUGUAUAUUAUAUGUAAUAAUUGCUGUACUGUGCAGUAAUUUCUGCCUAAUUGUCUGGUCAUCAAAAAUUUAAGUUCAAUGGUUAAAACUCUGUGUUCAAUAGUCAGUGUCAUUCCUUUAAACACACACACACAAACACACAUCUAUAUGAAUAAUGAAAUGUACUUUGGAAUAGGCACAACUGUAUAGUAAAUAAAGCAUCGGCAUAUGUAAA